AUGGCCCAAGUUCAAGACCAGCCUAUUCGGCGCACAUACAAGGGCAGCUGCCACUGCGGCGCCUUUGCUUACGAAAUAGAUCUCACGGAACUCAAGACUGUUGUAGAUUGUGACUGCAGCUUCUGUAGCCGUAAAGGCAAUCUCUAUUUUCUGACGAGCAAAGAGGACAACUUUAGAGUUGUCAAGGGUAGCGAAGAGAGCCUCACGUCUUACACGUUUGGUCCGGGGAACAAGAUCCACAAGUUUUGCCCUAAUUGUGCCACCAGUAUGCUUUCGAGGAUGCCCAACGGCCCUCCGCAUUUACAGUUGCUGUUGAAUGUACGCGCCAUACAAGGCAUCGACAUCAAUCGAAUAGGAAGAAGAAACAUCUUCAAUUCCAAGCUCGAUCCGCAAUAUGCCCCUCCAACUCACAAAGGGGACGUACCUUCUAGCAUUGAAGGCGGCCAACUUUACACUGGAAGCUGCCAUUGCGGUGCCGUGACCGUUGCUGUUUCGUGUAAGCCUCUAGAGUCUGGCGAAGAGAGAAUAGCGGAAUGUAGCUGUGACAUUUGUCAGCGUAAUGCCUGCGUCUGGAUUUCUCCCAACUUCGAAAACGUCGUCCUCUCCGGAUCUGAAGAUGCCAUAGGCCGCUACGUACUCACCGAUGGCCUGACGAGUAAAGUGUUCUGUCACACCUGCGGUGUCAACAUGUCAAGUUUCAGGAAUGAACUCUCUGAAGAGGAGAUACUGCAAUUGACUGAGCAGGAUGUCCAAGCCUACAGGAGAGGCAGAGCACGCUGUCCGAUUAACGUGCGAACGUUGCAUGGAGUGGAUGUAGGAAAACUGAAAAAGAUUAUGAACAAAGUCAUACCAUGUCGGUUACAUUUGUGA